UGGAAACAUUAUUUAUGGAAACACAUUUAGCUUUAAGUGAAGAAGCAAAGAAGAAAUGGGAAUCGCGUAAGAAAAGAAUACCAUUACCGAAGUUUGACAAGACCAAAUCAGUAGAAAAACCUAAGAUAAAGAAGUUGCCAGGCAAAAAAGUAAAUAAACAAGGAGCCGGAAAUAUUGAAAAAUUCAACAGUCUAAGUUUGCAAGCUAAACCUGAAAAAGUUAGAGUUAUCAAAAAGUCUGGAUUAAACAUCAAUGAAAGUUUCAAGCUUAAACAUAAAAAGGAAGACAAAUUCUCAGAAUACGAGGAAGAACCAGCAAAUGACAAAAAGGUGCGAAUCGUGAAAAAGUCUGGAGUAUCAUUUAGAGAUAGAGGGUUGGUUAAACAGAGUAAAUUUGACCUUGAAUCAGAGGACGAACAAGAGUUUAAAAGUAAGAAAAGAGAUACAAUUCGGGUUUUGAAAAAAACUAGACUUUCUUUAAGAGACCAAUUUUUAAUAGAUUCAAAUCAAUCUGAUCAGUUUUCUGAUGAUAAUCAAAUUAUUCCAACUAAAGUAAGUAAAAAAGUAAGUGUUUUGAAAAAGAAGGGAUUAACUAUUCGGGAAAGAAAAGAACUAGAAUCAGAAACAGACGAGUACGUUACAGAUUAUGAUGAAACAAUAACUGAAAGCGAGAAGGUUCGAAUUGUUAAAAAGCCCACUACAACACUAAGAGAAAGAGGAUUAGUGAAGCCUAAACUAACUGAACCUUUUUCUGGAACAAAAGUGAACCAUACUGAAAAGGGUCACGAUAAAGUUAGAGUUGUUAAAAGGCGAAUAUCAACAAAUGAUAUUGACAACUAUAGUGUUACAGAUGAUGAAUUAGAUGUCCCAAAUGGUAGAAACAGCGCAUUAUCAGAUUCAGUAGUUUAUCAUAAGAAAGUUAAAAGAGUACAAAGAAAAUCACUGAAAGAUAAAUACAUAGAAACUGAAAUUAGAGAAGAGGAAGAAGAAAGUUUCAGCGACAUGAGUCAAAGAACAUUGAAUAAUGAGAGUGGAGGAGAUGGUAUGGAUUACGAUGAUUACGACACUGAUCAUCAGGCAAACCAUAAUGACGGACGUCUACCCAGUAUAGAGCCAAAAUACGGAGCUUCCAACCAAACCAGUCCUACUUCGCCUAGAAAGAUGGCAGUUUAUGAAAGAUUAUAUGAUCCGGACUACAGAAAGAACCGAAGUAUUCCGACAGAACCUGAACCUGUUUAUGUACGAGAGUUCAAGUCUCGCCCACCCAAACAGCUGGAGCAUGUGAAAAGCCGGCACAGAGAUGCUCAAUAUUUUGAGCCGAGAGGAGAAUAUGUAUUAGAAAAUCAAGAAGAAGAAAACGUUCAUCCGUUUAAAUCGAAGCCACCUAAAAACCUUGAGCAUGUAACAAGCCGACAUCUUAGUCCAGAAUAUCAGAAAAAGAAACAAGGACAAGAAGGUGGAAACGAUGUUGUUUUACAGAACAAUUUUGUCUCCAGGCCUCCUAAAAAAUUGGAACAUGUCCAAAGUAAGAUAUUGGACCCAAAGUACUACAAAGAGAAGCAAUAUCCAGAGGAAGAAGAAAUACUAGAUAAUGAAUUUAAAGCGAGGCUUCCAAAGAAUCUUGGACAUGUUCAAAGUAAGAUUAUGGACGCGAAAUAUUACCAAGAGAAACCACCUCCCGAGGAGGAGAAAUUAGAUAAUGAAUUUAAAGCUAGACUACCAAAGAAAUUGGAGCAUGUUCAAAGUCGAAUUCUAGAUCCUCCGCGGAAAUCUAGACCAACUUCUGAAGAAGCUGACAGUAUCUCGUUACCCUCUUUCCGAGCAAAGCCCCCGAAACAUCUUGAACAAGUGGGCAGUCGAAUAUUAGAUCCAACAUUUUAUGAACCUCGGCCAGAAUAUGUUUACGAAUCAGAAGAGGAUCAUAUUGACCACAAUUUUAAAGCGAAGCUUCCAAAAAGUUUACAGCAUGUGGAGUCACGUGCGUUAGAUGCUAAGUAUUUUAAGAAAAAGACUUUACCUAUGACCACAGAGGAACGUGAAGCUCUCAAUGCAAAUCAUAACUUCAAAGCAAGACUUCCAAAAUCAUUAGCACAUGUUCAAAGCAGAGCAUUUGAUCCUUAUUACAACAAAUCAUUAUCUCCACGUCAUGAAACUCCUGUUGUUGAAUUAAAACAAAGAGGAAAACUUGUCGUUAUCAAUGUUAAAAAAGAAAACAAGGAUAAAUUACAUCAAGAAAGAAGUAAGUCGGAGGGAUAUAGAGAUCGGUUUGAUGCGGUAAGAGGGAAAGAUAUAUUCAAUGAUGAGGAUAAGAAAUAUGAAAAACAAGAAUCGGCCAGAGAUGAAGAGAAAAUACAAAACAAGAAAGAACGAAAGCCAUGGCAUCCGCCUAGAAAACCUAAACCGGAGAGAAUAGAUAAGGAAUACUUUGACAGUUGGACAGUAACACCGACACACAUCUAUAAUGACAGCAAUGAUAUGUUUUAUAGGAAUAGACGAAAUGUGUCGGAAAUGUGGACAAGCUUAGCAAAGUCUAUUAAGAAAUCUGUGAUAAACAAUGGGGACAGGAUAAGAUCCAUUGAACGGACAUAUUACUAAUUCCAUUUCUAUAUCUAUAUUUGGAGGUUCUAUUUCAUUUUUGUUUUCAUUUAUUGUGUAAAUGUAUUUCAAUGAAUUUUUUAAAUGAAUCGUUUAAUAUAAUUAUGAAUUAGUGUUGAUUUAUUCAACGGAGGUCAUAUCUAUUAACAAUGAUGUACUUUCUUCUUCCCGCGACUGUAUUAAAAUGAUACAGUGACGGUAGAUAUCGAAAGUAUAUGAUGCGUAAGGUUUUGUAGCGGGGAAAUAAAUUUUUCAAUUUUGUUUAAAAAUUAUGCGAUGCUACAUAUACUAAAUGUACGAAUACCUUAAGCUCAACAUGACAUUAUUUAAGUUUGCUAUUAGACAGUUUUAGUGUUCAGUCAGAAACUGUGUAGCCAUAUCUCGGGUUUGUAUAGAUAUAAAAACAACAGUUUUUUUGUCUAGCGUAAAAUUUGUGUUACAUGCUAUGUGGGUUGCCUUUGACAAAAAGUGUGCAUUGAACUGAAUGUUAUUUGUCAAUUGUCAUUUCAUAUAUAAACGCAUAUAAACUUAUUAUUUCGAGGAUUGGUGAUUUAAUACCGCUUUAGUCGGUGCUAGUGGGCAUGAGAGUUGUUGCACUUAAUGCAGAAUCUGCAAAUUUUCAGUUCUUUGUUUUUGUUUUCAUUUCCUUCAACGGAUCUCCCCUGUCCAUCUUUUUAUUUAAAUCUUGUUCAGUAAUAUGCUUUUGUCAGAUACCUACAUUAUUUUGCUUAAAAAAGUUCAUGCAAUAAAAGAACUGUUAGGUUGUACAUACAUGUAAACAUUGGCAUUUACCAUUGAUGUUGUUGUAAAAACUGUUCAUCUUUUUAUUAUGAUCGUAUUAUUUUCAAAUUACAAUAAUGUUUUAUCAAAGUACAUUUUAGUUUUUUAUCAUCAUAAUUAUUGACAUGACAGUUUCAUUUUAAAAGAAUUGUAUAUAUUGAAAA